AUGUCUGGAGUCGGUAUAAUUGGACGUGAUAAUUAUCAACCACUUAUAUUUGAUAUAGAUAUUGAUAUGAAAAUACAUAGCAGUACAAUUCUAGCUGAUAUUUCUAGCUUUAGCCAAUUUUCAGAUGAACAAGAAGGUUUAUUUGACAUACGUACUGUAUAUGAAAUUCAAAAUGUUGAUUACAUUGAUAUUGAAAAACAUUCGAUAUGUAUGCCCGCUACAAAUGAAUGUGUCAGGAUUGCUAAAGACUAUUUAGAAUUUAUGAAUGAAUAUUUAAAGAAGAAUUUAUGA